AUGGCUCUCCAAGCAACUGAGAAAGCAAACCUCGACAAGGCGAGGGAUUAUAGACAACAUCAAAAGAUCAGUUUACAGGCUAUUGAAUAUAGUUCCAGGUACAGACAGUUUUCACAGCAAUGCUCCUGUUAUACAACCAUCAAGGAGGCUACAAAUAACUUUUCGAGUCAGAAUAAGCUUGGAGAGGGUGGCUUUGGACCUGUAUACAAGGGUACAUUAAGGAAGGGUCAGCAAAUAGCAGUGAAAAGACUCUCGAAAACUUCAAACCAAGGCCUUGAAGAGUUUCAAAAUGAGGUUACACUUACUGCAACACUGCACCAUGUGAAUCUAGUUAGAGUUCUGGGAUACUGCACCAAGUGGCAAGAAAAGAUGCUGAUAUAUGAGUACAUGCCAAACAAAAGCUUGGAUCACUACCUCUUUAGUAUCUACAUUCUCCUUUGCUCUGAAAAUCCAAGUAGACACAAUCUUUUGGAUUGGGAGCAACGUGUCCACAUCAUUGAAGGGGUAAUUCAAGGGCUUCUAUAUCUCCAAGAAUACUCGAACUCUACAAUAAUUCACCGUGAUCUGAAAGCAAGCAACAUUCUGUUAGAUGAUGAGAUGAACCCGAAAAUAUCAGAUUUUGGUCUAGCCAGAGCUUUCAGAAAGAGUGAACAUGAGGCAAACACUGGUCGCAUUGUAGGAACAUAUGGCUAUGUUCCCCCUGAAUAUGUAAGAAGAGGCAUUUAUUCCAUGAAAUACGAUGUUUACAGCUUCGGUGUUCUGCUUCUGCAAAUCAUAAGUGGCAAGAGAAGUUCAUGUUUUUAUGGCUUAGAUGGAAAUUUAAACAUUCUAGAACACGAGUUGUGGAGAGAAGGCCAAGGCAUGGAUUUCAUAGAUCCAACCCUAGAUGAUUCGACCUCGUCUUGCAAGCUCUUAAGAUGCAUGGAAGUAGCCUUGUUAUGUGUCCAAGAAAAUCCAGUAGAUAGACCAUCCAUGCUGGAGGUUUCUUCGAUGCUUAAGAGCGAAAGUGCAGUCGUCAUUAGUCCUAAAAAGCCUGCUUUCUCAGUUCAGAAGGAUGAAGAUGAGGAUCAUAUAUAUAAAUUCAGGGAAGAAAUCUAUUCAGUCAAUGAUGCAACAAUGUCCGAAAUUGUGCCCCGGUGA